AUGCUUUUAUCACACUCAUCUCUUUUGACGACGAUAUUUCUGCAAAUACACGCCUUGACAGUCACGGCACUUCCAAGUUCCUCUAACGAAACAUCUUCAAAUGCGACUAUCAGGGUCGAUUUUGGUAGAAUCCCAGAUAAUAUUACCAGAUAUAUCCAUUCUACUCCCGAGUACGAAUAUCUUGAAACUUCGCGUGCCACCAAACGAGACUUGUAUCAGCUCCUUCUUCAAGAAGAAGCAGGUGACGAACUGAAGUUUGUUUCAUCACCGGAUGAAAUAGAGCCAACAGAGGAAUAUUAUGCCAACGCGGGUUAUGCUUUUCUGAGUGGUGCUGGCUCAGGCGUGACUGUAUAUGUCCACGAUAGCGGGAUAAAUCUUCAACAUGCCGAGUUUACAUUAGCAUCACCUCCAGAUGUACAAAAGGGAACUAUUGAAUGGCUAUACCCUGAUUUUGACCUUGAGUCUAUUCCAUGGGGAAGCUGGAUCACAGAGCCAACACAUGAUCCUAUCGGGCAUGGCACGUGUGUUGCAGACAAGAUUGUGGGUCAAAUGUUUGGCGUGGCUAAAGGUGCCAGUCUCAAGAUGGUCCCUGUCGUAAGUAUAAGUUCUGACUUUUGGCUGCAAGCUGGCCUAAGAACUAUUAUCAAGGACAUCAAAAAGGAGAGAGAAAAGGACCCCAACUUUAUGGCAGUAGUUAAUUUCAGCUAUGUGCUUACGGGGCCUUUUUCAACACUGGUACAAUCGGAUUACUAUGAUCUUUUUAAAGAGAUCCACGACCUGGAUGUUGUUAUGGUAGCAGCAGCCGGGAAUUGGAGACCAGGAAUGAGUAAGCAAGUGACAGACUACCCAGCUGCUCUGGUGGGAUCUCUUCAGAAUAUGAUUGUGGUUGGGUCAGUCGAUGUCCAUGGUCACGUAUCAGACUUUUCGAAGACUGGAGAUCUUGUCUCGGUUUAUGCACCUGGGGAACGUUACUCAAAAGAAGAAGGUAUUGAGUGUGCCGCAGGCAGUACUACAAGCUCAAAUGAGGAAGACAUCCAGUAUGGUGUGGUUAAGCAAGAAGGCACUUCCCUUGCUGCACCUAUUGUUUCCGGACUUGCCGCGUACUGGUUGUCGAUAGAUUCAAGUUUGAGAAGAGGGAAUACUGUUUCGCAGAAAGUGAAAGCCAGGAUUGUGGAUUUAGCUUGGAGCCGUCAAGGUCUCGAUAUAAAUAUACCUGCUAUUUGGAAUGGCCAGGAUGGAUCGGGAUGCUAG